CUCUGACCUCCUCCCAGGAUUCUGUUUCUGGAAAUAGUUACUUCACAAUUGAGGCAGGAACUCUUGUCAAUAUAUAAGGUAGAACCCAAGUGGGCAGAGCAGACGGCAGAAAGUUACUUGUUUUGCCUCCCUCUGACUGCCCUUGGCCACUUCAGCAGCAUGAAAGCAACAGCCUUUGCCCUGCUCUUGGCUUUGGCUUUGACAUCCAUCUUCAACGUAGAAUGUGCCACACACCCUCAACAGGUUGAUUGCAGUAAAUAUGAGAAAUUCCCACGGAGAGAAGAGGGAUUUUGUUAUGAAAUAUAUGCACCAAUUUGUGGAUCUGACGGCAAAACUUAUGCCAAUGAUUGCUUCUUUUGUUCUGAAGUUCGGAAAACUAACAACAAACUGAAAUUUGUACAUUUUGGAAAGUGUUGAAUCUAUCUUCUGAUUCCAAGGCACAUGAAACAUAUUUCUUCUCCCAUAUAACCUAUGCCGUACUGCCUAAUCUUGUCACCAGUGUGUCUUGAUUUCUUUGUGAAAUAAAGUAGACAUAUGGGAAAUAAA